CCGUCCCGGGCAGCCAGCGCCAGUCGGAGCCAGCGCGAGCCGCCGCCGCCGCCGCUGCCAUCACUGUCGCUGCCAAGUCCUCCGCCCGCUUCCCCCGCCAUGUCGGCUACCGCUGCCACCGCCCCCCCUGCCGCUCCGGCUGGGGAGGGAGGUCCCCCUGCACCCCCUCCAAACCUCACCAGUAACAGGAGGCUGCAGCAGACCCAGGCCCAAGUGGAUGAGGUGGUGGAUAUCAUGAGGGUGAACGUGGACAAGGUCCUGGAACGGGACCAGAAGCUGUCGGAGCUGGAUGACCGUGCGGAUGCACUCCAGGCGGGGGCCUCCCAAUUUGAAACAAGUGCAGCCAAGCUCAAGCGCAAAUACUGGUGGAAAAACCUCAAGAUGAUGAUCAUCUUAGGAGUGAUUUGCGCCAUCAUCCUCAUCAUCAUCAUCGUUUACUUCAGCUCUUAAAUCCCUGAGGAGCCUGCCCUGCCCAGAGAAGGGCCUCUCCCCCAUCCCCAGCCGCUCCUCCACCUCUCAGCCAUAUCUUCCAGCCCCCCUCCCGUGGAUCCGUGUGUGUGUGUCCCCGUGUGUGUGCCCCCCCUGUAAAUAGCCAGCUGUUAUUUAUACAUAUAUAAUAUUAUAUAUAUUUGGUCUGUUUGUAGUUUUAUUACUAGAAGAUUUUUCCGGUUGUCCUUAACACCCCUUCCUGAAAUUCCCAUCACCUCCUUUCUCUUUUCCUCCUCCCCUUUCCCUCUUUCCCUGACCAGUCCCAAGUUCCUUCAUUUGCAUCUGCUAUGCAAUAGUCCCUCUUCCUCUCCUUCCCUUGGAUUUAACUGAUCCUUCCUCUCACCCUGACCUUCCCCAUGCCCUUGUCCCUCCCCUUCUACAAAAAACAAAAAGCAACUGUCCAGGCUUCCCUAGGUGCAUCUUCUUUGCAUCACUGGGAGGCUCUGAGACUCACCCCACUUGGUCCUAAGAAUCCCAAGUUCUUCUGGGAGCUUCCAGCAUGUUAAUUAGCAUUCAUUUGCAUUUUGACAUCUCUUGAUUUCUUUCUUUUUUAUUCCAUCACUCUUCAUUUUUGGACUCAUGUUUCUUUUUUACUUAAGAGUUACUAUCCAUUGGUCCUUGUAUCACACUUUCAUUUGCAUGACAUUACUUGCAGGUGGUGGGGAGCCUGGGCUUUUGGGGAGUCAGGCUGUUCUGGCCCCCAGAAACUCCCCCUCCUACCUUCUCUAGUCCAGUUUGCCUCCCCUACCCCCAUUUUCCAAACCUAUUGUCCUCUCCUCUUCCUCCCCCCCAGCUGGUGUGUAAGUGUCUUGGAGUUCAGUGUGUUAUGAUGGACCAAUAAUUCUGCCACUUGGAGUCUCCCCACAUUCCAGCUCCCCAGUUUUCAUGUGGGGCACUCAACUGACAUUCCCAUGGGGUCUCCCUCCCUCCCAUCUGCCUGAUCUGCCUCCGCCUCCUCCCACCAGGAGAGUUGGGGGUUGGCCACAAUCUGAUCUCUUGGGAGAGGUGGCUACCAGUGUGUGGGGGGUCAUCACUGCCUUGGGGAGGAAUGGGGCAGGGCAGAGAAUCCCCCCAAUUCCUGCCUGAAAUCUCCUCUGGCCCCACCCCUGCUGGGAAUUGAACUGAAAAUCCUCCUCCCCAAUUUGGGGGGUGUUGCCCCCAUCACUGCCCAGCUCCUCUGACUGCCCCCCUGAAUUCAGGGUGGGGGUACUAGUCACUGCCAAUGUGUGUAUGGGACUUGCUGGAAGAUGGGGAUUCUUGCCCCUCUCCAGGGCGGCUAAGCUGUCUCCUUAGGUGAAGUGAUAGAGGAAGGGUAUGUAUUUUUCGAUGGCACAAUUUUAGGGGUCUGAGGGUGCAAUCCCUUAACCUGCCACUGGAGGGGAUCCCCCAAAUUUCUUCCCCCCACACUCAAGGUUUCUGUGUGGAGGGGGAGCAGGGAGAUCUAAGCUGUAGUGUGAAAGGGUAGGGAGAGAUGCUGGGGGUGGGGGUGCUGUGUUCUAGACCCCCCAUUUUAUCCCAGUGUCCCCUGCCCCCCCUUCCCUCACCCCAUGCCCCCAAUUCUGUGGCGCAUCCAGAUUGUGAAAAUGUACAAUAAAUGUGUAAUGAGUAAUAAAGGUGGUGUCUCUUCUUAAGCAGUGGGGAGGGUAUUGAAUUUGCAAGUGUAACUGAAAGGUUGAGAAGAUACAUUGGGAAGGGCCUGCACUUUGCAGGAGGACCUGACCUUGGGCAUGGCAAAGUGUGAUUCCCAAAGUGGCCACAAUGGGGCAGCAGGAGUUUAUAAUGGGAAAUGUUGGCCAUCCUUGUGUCUCAGCCAGAUGAACCUAAUGUCUGGACUUCCCCAGCUUUUCCCUCUCCUUUGGGGCCAUGCUUCUGUUGUUUUAUUCCUUUCUACCCCUAGACUUAGUUCCUAGAUGCUCUGCAGCUGCUCCCGUGAUCAUUUAAUCCCAUCCUGAAGUAGAUGACCAGUUUGUGUGAACUAUCUCUUCCCAGUUGUGGCUAGCACAGCGCCAAAGUCCAGAAAAAUAUAUCACUGAAAGAAUCAACUCUGGGGAGAUACAGCUGAGUAGUGUGGAACUGACUAGAGAUGGCCUGGUAUCCAGGCAUUCUGCACUCUGUGAUGUCUAACAGGUGACUCUAGACCCUAUGCUGAACUCCCUUAACCUCCGGGUCCCAUGGUGCUCCUACCUGCACCCUAGCAUUCUGGUCCCCAGGCACUUCAACAGUGAGUGGAGCAUGAAGGGAAAGCUCUGAAGAGUUGAUCUCUCUGGGUGCAGUAUGGGAUUCAGGAGUAUAGGAAACCUGGAUAGUGUUUUCUAAACUCAGCGGCUCCUAUGGCCUCCAAGGUGUUUUUUUUUUUUUUUUAAUUUUUUAAAGAUUUAUAUUUAUUUAUGCAUACAAGAACUGGGAUAUAGGUGGGUGAGGGGAUUUACCAGAGACAGUGGGAAUCAGAACAGGCAGAUUUUACUGAAAUACACUGCUAAGGGGAGCAGUAGGCGAGACAGGAAGGUCUGCUGUGCCAUGUGGGUCAGCUCCCUGCCUGGAAUUGAACACAUGCUGCAGUGGCUGGCGAUAGCUUCAUAGCGCUGAGACAGUGCUGCACCAUCGGAAGGGCCCAUGGUGGUGGUGAUGGUGGUGUUUUGUUUGUUUUAAAAAAUAGGUUUUCAGGUCCCUUCCCAGGAGGUUCUAAUUCAACAGCUUUGGGGACCCAGGUGAUUUUUUCUUUUUUUUUUAAGAUUGAUUUAUUUAUGCACACAAGAGCUGGGAUACAGGUCAGAGAUGCCAGGGGUGAGAGGAUUCACCAGAGACACAGAGUGGGGAACAGAACAGGCAGAUUGACUGAAGUACACUGCUGAGAGGAGCAGUGGGCGAGUCAGGAGAGGUCUGCUGUGCCAUGUGGAUUGCUCCCUGGCUGGCUGGGGAUCGAACUCGUGCUACAGAUUGCCUCGUAGUGCGGUGCUUAACCCCUUGCACCACCAAAGAGGCCCCCAGGUGAUUCUUUACACAGUCAUAAUAUCCACCAUUUAUUAAGGGUUUACUAUAUUCCAGACAGUACUCAGGGCUUUUCUGCACUAAAUGUACUGAAUACAGGUUUAGGCUUUCUAUAUGCACCAGGACCUCUUUAUAGUUUCAGGGACCUGGGAUCAAAUCUUGACCCCGUUACUUACUAGUGUGUUAAUUCGGACAGAUUAUGUAACUUUCUGGAUCUAGUCAUUUGUGAGGCGGUGGGUAGUAAAUUAGGUGGCCUCCCCGUUCGUGAGAAAACAAAACAAUCAGGAGGUGGCUGUUACCUUCCUCGUCAUUAUCUGCACGCAGCAUUGAGUUCUUCACCCAAUUAUCACAGUCCAGCGUCAGGGACCCAGGACCAGAGUCCCAGGGCGGAGGGUGCUCUUGGUUCCCCCCUGCCGUUCUCUCCCGUCGGCUGUAACGCGCCCGCCCUAACGCCACGGCAGCUCGAAUUUGCGCCUGCGUCCAGGUCACACUUGCUGCGCCUGCGCAAGCUGCGCAGUCUUGGGUAACAGUGUCGUCAAGGAAAAUCCCCAGCUUCUAGGUAAACAAGUUGCCGCGUGAGACCGCCGGCACGUGUACCCUACAGCUCCGAGCCCCCAGCCUAUGAGAAAGUUUGGAGGGCUGGACCGGCAUUUGCUUCACGGAUGUAGGCCGGUCGGCGGAUGUUCCCACAGCCAAUGAGAAC